GACUCAAGGCUGGUGUAGUGUCUGCCUAUCAGAGACACCGCUUACAGAUGGAUACUUUCCCUUGGCUCUGCGCUUGCCUUACGGUGACUUGGGAGCUGGAGUGGCAAACGCGGGAAAGAAGACAUGGAUGAAUUCUCCAGUUCUGUUUCGAUGAGGAGUCGACUUGAGACUAGUGGAGUCAGGAGAAGUACAAAAGAUUAAACUCUACAGAAGAAUGCAAUCAAGUGAUGGCUUUUUCUUUAGAAUUUGAAUAUGGAGGCCACAGGAACAGAUGAAGUUGAUAAGCUAAAAACUAAAUUUGCAUCUGCUUGGAACAACAUGAAAUACAGUUGGGUGUUGAAAACAAAGACAUAUUUUAGUAGAAAUUCCCCUGUAUUAUUGCUUGGAAAGUGUUACCAUUUUAAAUAUGAAGAUGAAAAUAAACUGUUACCUGCAAGAUCAGGGUGUACAAUAGAAGAUCAUGUAAUUGCGGGAAAUGUAGAAGAAUUUCGUAAAGAUUUCAUUUCAAGAAUAUGGCUGACCUACAGGGAAGGAUUUCCUCAAAUAGAAGGCUCAGCUUUGACAACAGACUGUGGUUGGGGCUGUACAUUAAGAACUGGCCAGAUGCUAUUGGCUCAAGGACUGAUACUAUACUUUCUUGGUAGAGCUUGGACCUGGCCUGAUGCUUUGAACAUUGAAAAUUCGGACUCUGAAUCAUGGACUUCCAACACUGUAAAAAAAUUUACUGCAUCAUUUGAAGCAUCACUUUCAGGAGAAAGAGAACUCAAAAUCUCAACAAUUUCUCAGAAGGAAACAGUCGGGAGAUACGUUGAUGAUCAUGAAGUGAGAAAUGAAAUUUAUCACAGGAAAAUCGUCUCUUGGUUUGGUGAUUCCCCCUCGGCUCUCUUUGGUUUACAUCAACUAAUAGAAUAUGGAAAGACGUCUGGGAAAAAAGCUGGAGAUUGGUAUGGACCAGCUGUGGUUGCUCACAUUUUAAGAAAAGCAGUUGAAGAAGCAAGACACCCUGAUUUACAAGGAAUAACUAUUUAUGUUGCGCAAGAUUGUACAGGUGAGGAAAUUUACAGUUCUGAUGUAAUUGAUAAACAGUGUGAUUCCAUGGCCUCUGAUAAUACAGAUAACAAAGCUGUUAUUAUUCUAAUUCCUGUUAGACUUGGUGGAGAAAAAACCAACAUGGACUACUUAGAUUUUGUAAAGGGUAUUUUAAGCCUUGAAUAUUGUGUGGGUAUUAUUGGUGGCAAACCUAAACAGUCAUAUUACUUUGCUGGAUUUCAAGAUGACAGUUUGAUUUACAUGGAUCCUCAUUACUGCCAGUCUUUUGUAGAUGUCAGCAUAAAGGAUUUCCCUCUUGAGACAUUCCACUGCUCUUCACCCAAAAAGAUGUCAUUUCAAAAAAUGGAUCCUAGCUGUACAAUAGGAUUUUACUGUCGAAAUGUUCAGGACUUCAAACGAGCCUCUGAAGAAAUCACUAAGAUGCUGAGAAUUUCUUCUAAGGAGAAAUAUCCCUUAUUUACUUUUGUAAAUGGGCAUUCCAGAGACUAUGAUUUUACAUCUGCUAUAACCAAUGAGGAAGACCUUUUCUCAGAGGAGGAAAAGAAAAGAUUGAAAAGAUUUAGCACAGAAGAGUUUGUCUUGCUUUAAAGAUGAGCACAUUUGUGCUUGGUGAAAAGAAUGCUUCUGAAAAGGGGAAAAUGAAGAGAAACAAGUAUACUUGAAGCUGGUGUAUCUUCACAAAUAUCUUAAUUUUGUAUGUUCUUUAAAAAAAGAACAUUUGUAAAUAUACAAGUUUUAAAGAUAUUUUUCUGAAAGAGAAAUGAUUUAAUCUUGAUUUUUAAUAAACACCAAGUGAUUCUGACUGCA